GCAAUGCUGUAGUCUCUCGCGUACUCUCUCUUCACACAAAAGUCUCCGUAUUUAAAGUUCUCGUACUAUAAGUACAGUAUACUAAUAGUUAUCCUACAUAUCGUACAGGAGUUCUUGAAUUAUGAUUAUUGGAUAUUAUAUUUCAAAUCAAAAAUCAUAAGUCAAUUAUAAAUAUUAAUAUUAUGUUUAGAUAAUAUUUCACUCACAAGAAGAGUCUUCGAGAGAGUGUUUUGUGUGUGAGUGAGAAGUGAAAUAUCAUUUUGACUCAAAACUUAUACAACAACCAAAUAGUGUACAAAAAAGUGUAAUAAAUAUGGAAAUAAAUGGUAUUAAUAGAGGGGAAGGCGUUGUCGUACAGAAUCUGUGCUUCGGUUACAACAGGAGCGGCAAACCCGAGAUCCAGGACGCGAACCUAUGUGUGCCCCGAGGGGUCAUCUAUGGCCUACUCGGGCCCAGCGGUUGCGGAAAGACUACACUUUUGCGGUGUAUUAUCGGCCGAUUGAAGCCCAGGAAAGGACUCGUCCGCGUCUUUGACACACAGCCAGGAACUGGUGAAAGUGGUAUUCCAGGUCCGGGCAUUGGAUAUAUGCCGCAAGAAUUGGCGCUAAUAUCGCAGUUCACAAUCAAAGAGACCCUCAGAUAUUACGCCGGCUUUUGUAAUACCGAUCGCACAUUAUUUAAUAAACGAAUGCAUUUCUUAUUACAAUUGCUUGAGUUAUCACAUCUCGAGAACAAGUUUGUCGACAAUCUGUCCGGCGGUCAGAAACGUCGCGUCUCUUUGGCCAUCGCUCUCAUCAAUAAUCCUCCCCUUCUCAUCCUCGAUGAACCCACAGUCAGU